AUGCUAAUGAAUAUUAAUAAUUUCAUGGGAACAAUUAUGCCAAAAACGUCAACACCAACAAAAGAGUUGACUGGAACUGAUUAUACCGAUGGGUCAUCUGGUCACGAUAUGAUUAAAACCGAUUUAUUAAAUUCUUACACAAACACUUUGUCGUCAGUUGCUAGCUCUAAGAAACUUACUACUAGCAAAAAUAUCAGUAGCUAUAACUGUAACAGAUCAAUUUUAAAAGAUAGUGAAACGGAAGCUUCGGUAGAAUGCCUGUCAAAGGAUGAAUCUUAUCAUAAAACGGACUACAAUAGUGCUGAAUUUUUACAAGGUUAUACACUUAUAAACAAUCAAGAGAAUCUUGAAGCAAAUGGGUUGAAAAUGCGUCUUUUAGCGACGCUCGCUGAUAUGAUUCCACAUGAUGAAAGUUUAAGUUUACGUCUACUGAUGAGCUACACAAUUGAUGAUCAAGAAAGUGAAUGUGUUGUUAUUGAUGAAACACUGUGUCGAGGGGGGAAGCGUAAUGAAACCAACAAUAAUAGUUUUCAAAAUUGUUUAGAUAAACCAAAGAGUAAGAGUGGAAUUCAUGAAAUGCUACUCAAUGAAAAAAAGCCUAUAUUGAGUGCAAUAUCUCUUGAACAUUCAACUAGCCAACAAAGUACUUCAAAUGAAGCUGAUGCAUUAGACUUAUCUCUACAUAAUGAAACAUCUGAUUUCAUGGACUAUCAUAUAGAUUCUUUGAAUACAAAACCAAUAAAACAAGAUUAUACGUCACAAGCAAUUAUUGACGGUGUAAUUAGUGAAACAAAAUCCCCAUGUUGUAUACCAUCGAGUUUGUUAUCAUCUAGCCUUGUACAGUCCAAUAUGAAUUCGACAAAAGCUUUGGAUACAGUUGUGGCUACAACAUCUGCAACUAAUUCGAUUAAUCAAAUUCCAUUAUUUGAUACGUCUAUAUUAGCAUUACUUCCAUUGUUACAGCAACAACAACAGUCUCAACAAACACAGCCAAACCAACAAAGUACAAAUACAUUAGCAUAUCAAAAUGUUUUAAACCCAAGUUCAUUGUCAUUGCUCCCUGCCACUAUUCCUACUUCAAUGACAACAAUAAGUGCAACGAAAUCCAAUCCUAUCACUUAUAAUUAUACAGGUAUGUCGACAAAUGCCAAUUUGCUAUUCAAUCAAUUAUAUCCAACACAAUUGCAACAAAAUAUUCAACAAACCAAUAAUUUACUUACAACACAUUUGAGUAGUAUAAUACCAAAACAAACAGAAACAACGACAACAGAAUCAACUUCGACAGCAGUUUUAAAUACAAUCGCAGGUUCAUUAACAAACAAUGCAGUUAACACCCAGUCGCUUUUAAAUACAGCAUCUGUUAUAGGAUUCCCAUUAAUAAAUCCAUUUUCACUUCAUACAAAUAUUACUAGUAAUAGUAGUACCAGUAACAACAAUGGUAAUACUGAUCAAUUUAAUGCUUUCCUACCAUCUACAUCAUUUCUCGGAACAACAUCAACAUCUACACUUUCACAAGCAUUACUGACGCAAUCAACACCAUCAUUAUCAUCAUCACCAUCGAAUAUUACAUCAAUAAGUUUAGGAUCGACAAAUACCACUGCUACAUUAUUCAAUGUCAAAGAUAAGCAAACAGGUUUAAUUGAAACUGUAGGUAUAAUGCCAGGUAUAAAACAUUUAAAUCAACCAAUUGCAUCAUUAAUCAACCAAUUAACUCUCAAUGCUUCGUCUAAUAAUAAUAAUAAUAAUAAUAUUUCACUUAAAACACUCUCAACAUUAUCCCAACUAUUUAAUAGUAACCUCCUUACAACAAUAUCACCUCAUAAUUCUACAAAUCAUAAUACUACUAAUAAUAAUACAAAUUCUACAAAUUUCAAUAUAGUAAAUAAUCUAACUAUACCAACAAUAGUAAAUACCCAUAUUAAUAAUAAUCAUAUUUCUCUGGAUAAUGGAACAAUGAAUGAUAAUGAACUAAUAACAACAGAGAAAACUCAUAUUAAAUCAUCUUCAAGUGCAAGCAUAUUAUCGAAUAGUUCUAGUCCAUUAUAUUCAUUAAAUAAUCAUUCAACAGAUAAAUUUUCAAAACUAAAUUCAACAAAAAAUCAUAAAAAUGAAAAUAUGAAAUUAUCAGUGCAACAAAAUCAACAAUCUAACACCACAACUACUACUACUAAUACUACAACUGCUAAUAGUAAUUUUUUAUUUGGUCGAAGAUUAGUUCUUAGUCGUCGUUUUAUUUGUAAUCAAUGUCGUCGUAAUUUUUCAUCAUUAGCUGAAUUAAAUCGGCAUACAAUUGAAGCGCAUAAUUCAUUUCGUUGUACAAUUUGUUCAGCACAUUUUACACAAAGAUCUAAUCUACAACGACAUUCAUUGAAACAUGUUGGUUUUAAACCAUUUACAUGUAAUCUAUGUAAAAAAGAGUAUUAUCGUAAAGAUCAUUUAGUUAGACAUAUUGAAGUAACACAUCCAACACAUGAUCCUAAAAUGAAUAUCACUGUUCAUUUAACAUCAUCAGAGUGUUUAGAUUAUUUGGAUAGAUUACAGGCUGGAAAACAAUCACAAUCACCAUUAUUACAUCAUAAUCAACCGGAGAAUAAAGAAUCAACAUCUAAUUUAGGUUCAGAUGUUACUACAAAUAUUACUACUACUGCUGCUGCGAUUACCGCUACUACUAUAACUACGGGUAGUAGUAGUAGUAGUAUUAAAAACAGUACUGCUUCUGACCUAUGCAAUAAGAAUAGUAUUUACAAAGACGAUUUUGAUUUAAUGAAUGAAGAGUCCAUGAAAAUUGAAGAGGCUACAUUAGAAACACCAGAUAUUGAAAUGAACGGAGACAAUGAUAUCAAUAAUAGUAAUAAUGACGAAGAUAUUGAAGAACAAUAUUACAGUAUGACCGAUUGUAAUGAAAUUAGUUAA